AGAGUGCUUGUGAAUUGUGAUGCGAGAGCUAAAUUUAUCACAGUUUUAGAUUUAUGAUAGUUUUCUUGGACCACGUCAGUAUUAACAUAGCCAGGAAAUGAUAAAAAGGUUUAGGUUUAUUACAGGGUUCGAUUCUAAAAAUGGAAAUUCCGUAUAAGAAGAUAUUUAUUUAUGUUUUAACUUUUGCCGCUUAUGCCUACACUGGCAUAGGUUCGAGUAUGUUACGAAAUUUAAAAGAUGCUGUUUUAUCCGCGGAGUCAGUGUUCGGAGAUAUGUUUAGAAAUGUGAUCACUGUAGCUGAAAAAUUUAAAUCAUUACAUGACGUUUUUGAUGCAGCUGUUGAAGAAGACUGUAUAUUUUCUUGCCCUGAAGGCCAAAAACCAGUUUGCAACAGAAAUCACAUACCAAAGUCAGAUGGUUGUGGAUCUCUAGGAUUUGAAAUAUCAACUGAAUAUUUACCGAUAGAUCAGAUGACCAAAUGUUGUGAUACUCACGAUAUAUGUUAUGAUACAUGCAACAGUGGUAAAGAGAUGUGUGAUUUAGAGUUUAAAAGAUGUCUGUACAACUACUGUGAUACAUACAAAAGUGUCAACGUUGGUGGUGAAACUAUUACUAAAGGUUGUAAAGCUGCAGCUAAAUUACUGUUUACUGGCACAUUGACACUUGGUUGCAAGUCAUAUUUGGAUGCACAGAAAAAUGCUUGCUAUUGUCCUCCUGCUAAGAAUAAAUAUAAAAAAUUCACUGCUGGGAAUGAUGAAUUGUAGGGUCUCAAUAUUAUAGAGCCAUUUGGCAUAUUGCUGUGCAUGAACAGUGCUAGCCCUCUUCUUAUGUGGGUCUUCAAUUUCUCCAAUAUAAUUCACAAAAAAGCGUCUAUGCAUUGACCUCACUGUACACAAUGGCCAUUUGUGUACUGGAGCAAAAAUAUAUUAGGUA